ACUUUUUGCACUUCGUGCGGCAGAGUUCGAACUCAUACCGCGAAGUGUACACAGUGGUGGUUGGUUAGUCUAUCAGUAACGGUAGACAAAGCAGAGUCUGGUCAGAAGUAUAGUAUUUUGGGACAGUGCACUUAACCAAAGCGACCAUGGCCACCAUGGUGUCGCAGAAACCUGUUUUUAUUGAAAAUACCACCAACAACAAUAACAACAACACAGUAUCACCUCCAAAAUCACCUAUAGACAACUUACCAAAAGCUUUUGUUUCAUCAUUAAAAGUACUAUUUGAUAUUCUUGAUGAAGAUCGAGAUGGCAUGAUAGCUCUUAAAGACAUAGAAACCAGAUGGAAGGGGGAAGAUGUCAAUGGUGUACCUCCUGGGGUUUUGGAAGCAUUGAAAAAAGUUACUCCAAAAACGGGGCGGCUCAGCUUUGAGCGUUUUUGCACCGGGUUAAAAAUAUCACUUAUUAACAGUAAAUUUGAGAAGACAUCAAAUGGUAAGCCUCAAGAGGAGAAACAGCAUCCGAAUACCGCAACCGUGCGUCCGAAUAAUGUCAUCUUGCCCAUGCAACGUGAGCGAUCAAAAAGCGCUUCGCAUUUGAUGAGAGCAAAACCUCUGGGUUUGUUGGAAACUGAUCUUGAUAAGACUGACCCAGGACCAGAUCAUAAGAGACGUUCAAGAGAUCAUCCUUCGCGCAGAAGUUUUGGACAUGCGAAUGGUGGGCCACGAAAACCAGGGGACUAUGAUAAUGGGAGGUGGAUAGCAGAUGUAAAUAGAAACAAACAAGAUAUCUACCAAGUGCCAGCCUCCCGAGUUACCAGGAGUGUUUCAUCUAUCUCCAGUCGCCCUCCCAGCCGAAGUUCCCUAGAUGGCCACUGGGCUGCACCCUCAAAUCAAGGAAAAGAGAAGUUGCAUGGAGGUAGCGGGCAAGGGAUAAUGAUAAGGCCAAAGUCUGGAAGGCGUGAAGAUCCCCGAAGACAUACAUUAUCCAGUGGCAUUGAUUAUAACAUGUUAAAGAGGAUGAAAGCAAUAGAACAAGAACGAGACAUUCUCCUUCAAGGGUUAGAGGUCAUAGAGCGAACCAAAGACUGGUACCAGAAGGAGCUUAAUCUAAUCUCCCGGCAGAUGAACAACCGAAUGAUCCUAGACAGAUCGGACACUAUCAACCCAGCCAGGCAAGAGAAAGCCGCCUACAAACGUGCCAGAAUCCAGGAUAUCAACUUGCAACUAACCACGCUUGUACAGAGCUCAGAAAUGGGUUUUCCAGAUCACAUGAACCUAGCUGUAGAUCUCAAGGUGACAUCACCUGCCAGUGGUACAGUUAACCAACUUAGGCAGCAGAACAGGCUACUUACAAACGAGGUGUCGCAGAAAAGUGAAAUGAUAACUAAACUUAACCAGGAAAAAUCAGCGUUGAUACGAGAGCUCUUUGAAGCACGAGGGCGCACUCAGAGGGAAUUGCCAACCAACACUACAUUCCUAUGAAAUGAAACUAAGAAAAAAAAAAAACCCUAUGUGCAAGUUAUUUUGAGGGAAUGAGGCAGGAUUCAGAUUCCAUUUUUAUUGAUUUCUGAGUCAGAAUUACGGAGUCAUACUUGUUUGAUUAAACUAAAGUCCUCCGCUGUGAUUAAGUCAACCUCGUAAAUUGCGGACGCAGCUUCGAGAGAAAAAAAUCUGAUUAGAAGUGAAAUCUGUCAAUAAAUCUUUUUGAAUCUUUCUAGUAAGCGCAAGCAAUCGUAGCACAUUCUUAAUGCUUACAAUUUAUGAUGCAGAUUUAUCUAACACUCAGUUUCAAGGAUGUAGUCGAUGAAAUGCAGAAGGUUUAUAUAUAUAUAUAUAUAUAUAUAUAUAUAUAUAUAUAUAUAUAUACAGUAUAUAUGGUUUAUAUAAACAGUGUUAUAAACAUUAGCAUGACAACCUAGUCACUGUGUACACCAGAUGGCAGAAUCUGCUUUGUCUGAAAUGUUUAUCACCAUUAAACAAAAUUUCAGAACUUGCUAAAUUCAAAAUUAAAUUUUGGAUUGAUGUACAUUGCAAGAAGGAAAGCAACAACAUGAUACAAAAUUUAAUAUUUAGUUAAUAAUAACCACCAUACUCUACUUGGAAGUCUAACAAUAAGGCCUAGUGGCUAAAUUUAAAUAGACUUUUUAAAAUAUUUGUAGGUUGGGCAUCUAUGGUAUUUUGAUUUGAUAGUAAAUUUAGUUUAAAUGUUCACUCUGAUAAAAGUGUGAUUACUUGCUAGAAAAGAGAAGAUUUUGAAUGUUACCUUUCAAAUGAAAAUUAGAGCAUGUGCUUUACAUAGACCCUUAAAUUGGCUGGUAAUCAGUUUAAGGUUUUUGUAAACCAUCAAAAAUUGAGUAGUUUGAACUGUGCAUGCCCCAGUAUAAAGAUACGUGCAUGUGCAGCUCAAACUAUGAACUGACUUAUGGAAAGGUGAUAAAUUAUUUGAUUUUUUAUGUACCGUAAGUAAUAAACAUAAUUUCACUUAAGUUUCUGACAUUAAAAAAAAUGUUCAUAUCUAACCACAGACAGAAAAGCUUUAACUUACGAGGAGACUAGAAAAAAAAUUGAUAUAGUAACUGAUCUAUCUCUCUUCAAAACCAUGAUAUGUGUUUGUUGACUCACAUACCAAUGACAAUAAUACAAGUGUUUCAAUUUCAAAGUCACGCAUGGUACAACGUAAUUGGCUAUCCACAGACACCUACUGAAGUUCAUAAAAUUCAUUUGAGAAUUUAUUGAAAUGUAUAGAAUACAUGUUCAAAGGCAAUAUUCAUUUGUCAUCCCUCGAUACUGAAUUGCUUUGCCUUCACUUGUUAUUUUGGUACUCUUGCGUUAUCGCAUAGUGUCUGUUUUAAGCAACCGUCAUAGAUUAUUCAUGUUGCGGAAAUCGCAAUUUAGAAACUCGUCUGCUUCUGUGACACUUAGAUAAAAUAUCAAUAUAGCAAACAGAAAACUGCUGAGAGAAAUACGAAGGAAUUUAAACUACAUUAAAGAAUGAUUUUAAGCAACAGAAAUUCAUUCAGAAAUAUCUAGAAAAAUGGUAUGAGAACAGUAUAAUAUGUAGAUACAAUGCAUUUGAAAUGAAAACUUUAUGGAAUAUUCAAAUUAUUAAUAAAUAAGUGAUUCAUUAAUUGAUUCAAUGAAUCACUUAUUAAAUCAAAUUGUUUAUUUUAUGGAAAUAUGAAAGUAAAAAACUGAUUUUUCUUUUAAUAAAAAAUUAUCUUCAACUAGUUUAUUUAAAGCUUACAAUUCAUCCUGAUUCAUCCAUAGUCUGCUUUCUGUUACUCAUCUAUCUAAGCUAAUGAAACUGAAUGCAAAUCCAUAAAGAAUAAUGGUGGAGCUGAGGUCGUCUGGACCCUCCAUCUGUAAAGAUUCCCCCGGCCCCCACCCCCUCUAGUUUGAAUCCCUGGAUCCACUACUGGUGUUGGUCAUUAACCGUAGCUGUCUUGAAUAAACAUUUUGACAUAAAGGUUGGAACAGUUUGUUCCAGCAAGAUAAAUAAUAAAUAUGGAAUUUCUUGCAUCAUUUAUUCUCUGGAACCCAGCUACAAGCAACUUUUAAGUAUUUUGCCAGAUGAACCAAAUUAACAUGUUUGCUUUUCUCUGUCAUGCAUUGCUCAGUAAUGCCAUUCUACAUACUUGCUAUUGAUAAAUUUUAUUGACAGCAGAUAAGCUUUUAAAUCAAUAUUCAUAAAUUUGCCAAUAUUCAUGAAUGUAUCUUUAGUAUGCUAUGUGGAGUCGAUUGAUGCAAUGCAAUCAAAGCUGAAUAACAAAUAAUCAUAACUUGCAAUUUGCAAUCGUAUAUCAAUUGUGGGACUUUUAAAUCGCCAUCUAUAAAGAAAACUAAUAAAGCAGCAAUUACUAAGUAGUUUUCAUUCAUGUUGAUUCACUACUUUAGAUGACAAAUCGCCAUUUUAUCCUGGAUUUCAUUUGGGUACAAGUAUUAUUUUGAUGUUUUAAGCUUUCAUUUUAAUGCUAAUUGCACUAAAACAGAUCAUUUCUAAAUAUUUCAUUAAGAGUCCUUACAAUAUGCCCUAUAAAAUUGACUCACACCAUGUUAUUAUCCUCAUUUGUUUAUUGUUAUUGUGCAAGCUUGCACUGCUGGAUUGAAUGCCCCCUUUGAUUUCAUCUCAAAUAUGAUAAAUCUACAAUUAAUUUCAAAAUCUUUUAAUUUAUUAACAGAUUUUCAAUGAGAACAUAUUUUUUCUAAUCCAGCUUUUAGUUGCCCUGUUUCUUUUAUGAUUUCUUAAAUCUCUAAUUUAUACAAUUGUGAUAAUUUCUUGUAAAGAUUUUGUGGAUUUAAAAUGACUACUUUCAAUACUUUCAUUCAUUUUCAUAAUUAAUUGUGAUAUCUGUUGUUUGAUUUUCUAGAUUAAAAGCUUUUUAUUCUGAUCAUGUAGGUCUUGCAUUGGAUUUAAAGCUUGUCUGUAACCUAUAUCAAUGGCAUCUUAAUACACUUGGAUAUUGACAAAUGCUUCCCUCUGGCUGGGCACAUAUAAAUCAAGAGUUUUCUUUUAUUUUCUGGGACAACAUACGAAAUGACCUACAAAUCUAUGCCUAUAGGUAAACUAUAUUUUGAAUUUAAUAAUGUAUUUCAUAUACUGAACAUAAUAAAUAUUGAAGUUCUUAUUUAAAACAUUAAAUAUAGUAAAUUUUAUAAGUUAGAUCCUUUGAAUAAUUAAUUAUUAAUCAUUGGUUAGGAUGUGGGAUUGAUAUGUUUAUGAUGGUUUAUAUUUAAAAUCAAAAUAAAUUUAAAUGAUUUAAAUGUACAAUAAUAACAUAAUCUGUAGAGCUGUAACUUAGUGGUUAAGAUACUUGCCUUUUAUCACAGGGUCCUGGGUUCAAAUCCUGUGAGGUACCCAGAUUUUUUUUUACUAAAAACAACUCCACUCCCAUAGAAUCAGAGAGACUUAGGUUAUACAACAUUUUUCGAUGAACUUCUAUGGAAUUCUGAUUUUCAUAAAGGCAUAUUUAUUUGAAUAGUAUAAAUAUUACACAUUAUUUAUUAAUUAAAUCCAAUUAAUGAUAGUCCUAUUACUUACAUACAUUAUGUUUCAACUCUUGACAAACUAUUUUAAUUAAUAAAAAAAAACCAAAGUAUUUAAAACCAACAAAUACAAAACAUACCACAAUGCAGUAUUAUGACCGUAUUAUAAAUAAACGUUUAAUGAGUUGUACGCUCUUUAUUGUUAAACUUUACUAGCGGUAUUAGGAUAGAGUUGGUAACAUUUAGCUCUAUGUAAGAAAAAUAUAUAUAGGUAUAAACUACUGUAUAUACUGUUUUCUAUCAUUGUUGUUUAUGUCUUAUGGAUGCGCUUAUGGCAUUGUGUUUACAUUUGAGAGAAUCAUUAGCUACUUGAUAUUAAGAACAUUAGAGCAGGGACUAAUGUGUUUGUAGAAUCCAUCUGUCUUUUCAAGUUUGUCAUGUUGUGAUGUUUUAAGCCCAUCAAACAUGUGAUUAAUAGCAUGUUUGAAGGUUGGUUUUUAAUGUCUAAUGAAUGUUUGUUGUUGUAUACAUUCAGAUUCAUAGAAGCUGUGUGCAAGUUGUCUUUAAUCGUUUGUCAAAGUUUGUUAAAAGUGUGUGUAUCCAAAUGUGCACUGAUGAUAUUUAAAUGCUAUUAUGUGUGAGGUUUAGUUGUGUUUCAAAGGUGUAGAAAAGGUUUUUCUGGGGGUUAGGGAAGUUCUUCAUUUCCACAUCCCUCCCAUGCUGUUGUAAAAUGUUUAGGUACAUGGAUUAAAAUCUAAACAAUCUCUAAAAUCAAGUAAAUCCUUGACACAUCCCUCUCCCCUCUGUCCUUUCCUCGUCCCGUCUAUCCUUUCCCCUUGAAAACCCAUUAAAAAUGCCACUGAUGUUGGUUUUGUUGUGUAUUUUCUAUUCAGAUAAUUUAAACUGUUGUGUAUUUUUUUUCCCUGUCUUUUUAUCUGUCUAAACUUAAUUGAUAAAUUCUAUAUUGAAGUACUUAGCUUGUACUUAAAAAGAGGCAAGCAUUUGUGUGAGAAAUCACAGAGGAUUUGAGACAGAGAAUGCUAUUCUACUUAAGCUAAAAGGACUUCUCUUUAAGUAGUUGCUGGCCAAACUGACAAUGUUUUCUUACACUCAGUGAAUUACCGAGCGUGAAACAUUUAUCACUGGCUGUCGAAACGCAUCUGCUGAGUGUGUAUAUGAAUUGUUUGUAACUAGAAUGAGAAGAAAGCAUUCGUAAUUGAUAUUUGUAUAUAGAAGUUUGUAGAAAAAAAUUGAUAUUUAAUUGUAUCUUUGUUGAUACAGUAUUUAGAUUCUGUGGUAUGUUUUUUUUCUCAUUUGUGAGUGCAUUAAAACUCAUAUAAAUUGGUUUUACUGUAUUAUACAGACAUUAGUAGCUGCUCACAAUAACUUUGUUGUUCCAGCACAUUAUUUUUAUUCUGAAAAGUAAGAAGCAUCAGACAAUGCUUGUCCUAUGGGGGAAAUAUCCCUCCUUAACCAUCACAUGCCUCCCCACCACACCCCACCCUUGGUGGUGCUGCUUCUCUCCGUUUUUGUGUUUUCGAUUCUGUACAUUAGCAUUCUGUACAUUAGCAUUAGUCUACAACACUAACUGGUGGAAACUAGCUCUCUGCAAUAUACAUUUAUACAACUGAUUGAUUAACAAGAUUAGAUAGAAGAUAAGAAUAUUAAAAACAUGAUACUUCUGGACACUGUGUUCUGAAGUCUGAUAUGCCACGUAGAUAUAAUCUUAAACCAUUUCUCAACUUUAUUGAUAUGCAUUAUUUAUUAUGCAUUACGCCAUGUUACAUGAUACAAUGUGGUAAUAUGCUUCUUUAAGCCAAUGUUGUAGAUAUACUGCUGUGUUUAAAACCUGGGAAAAAAAAUGAUAAAGCCCUGCACAGACUAUCAAAUUUCAUAUGACAUAACAUGUGACAUGCCUAAAUAUGGUCAUGAUGACAUCACAUCAUGACCAUAUAUAAGAACAUCAUGACUAUAUAAUUAAAUAAGCAUACAACAGUUUUUUUGUCAAAUAAAAUUAGUCUCGACAGUAACACAUUGAAAUGAUCACAUAAAAAAAUCAAAUAAGGUGUUCCAAUGAGAAAGAUAAUAUUUUUACUUAUUUAAUAAUGACAUUUUAGUAAGAAAAUUCUAUUUGAUUACUAAUGUUUAAUGGGUCCAUGCAAAAGUAAUUUUAUAUUAUGUAGAUUGAGUUAGUGGGACAAAUUUUUUUCAUUCAAAUAAAAGAUAACUUUAUUAAAUUAUAUAAGCAAUUCAUAUAUUAGAUAAACAAAAACAUUUUAUGUUUAAUCUGAAAGAUUAAAGUUUCCCAUUUACUUUUAUCUAAUGGUUGAGUGACGCAUAUUUGACUGGUGAAAGCUUGCGCUAACAGCCUUGUGAAGAUCCCUAGUGCUAUGACCCAGAUCUAUUUUGCAUUUCUUACCAACGUUGCUCUAAAUUUUGAUAGAGGAACGUCAUUUAUCAACACCUAAUUAAAGUCGUGGUUUGAUUUUAAGGAUGCUUUACAACCUGGAUAAAAAUUCAACUGUUUGGAAAGUAUUUGCUCUGAGACACUUUAUGUAAAUUAUUGUACGGUAUCGUUACGCAUUUUUUUAGUAUUAGGGCAUAUUUGAUUGAAGUCAUAAAUUGUGAGUCAUUUUAGACAGCUUGGCCUGAUGAUAUAUUAAUGAAGCCUGCUUGUUUUUAGAAGUUGAGUUACAUGACUAUUUAUUAAAACUUAUAUUAAAAAGAUUGCAUGUGACUAUUUGAAUCAUGUGUAGAUGGUAGUACUAUGACGAUGUGAAAGAGCUUGUUGUAUUUGUAUGUUUGUACAUUUCUUUAGAAAAAUAAAGUAGAAAUAUUUUGAAUUUAAA